CCAGCUCCAGAAUAAAGCUAGAGUGCAUGCAUAUUUCAGCAGAAAUUGCACUCAUUUUUAUUUUAGCACACUCCGAAUUUUAAGAGAUGUUUGGCCAACGCGCAGAAAUCACCAUGUAGGAAAAAUAUCGCAUCCCCUCAGCGGUUUUUUCCAGAUCUCCAUGACAACAAUUUGCAAUGGUGAAGAAUUCGAUACCAGGGCGCUUGGAGGCUGAUUGGGGUGCAUUGUGAGGGGCCUGGGGUCGCUGAUUGGUUCAAGGAAAGCACCAUAACUACAAGGAGUUUAUAUUCAUUCAACUAGUUGAAGUGUUCCCUACUGCAGCCUGGAGAGAAGUCUGUGCUUGGACUGUGGUUUUGAGGAGUCUGGACUCAUCCAGCAGUGAUCUUGAUGGUGGACUACAAAUUCUAAAAUGGACUGAUUAGGCCAAAAUCAUUGCAAAUAUGGCAAACGCAGACAGUGAGGUAAAGACGUUGCUGAAUUUUGUCAAUUUGGCAUCCAGCGACAUCAAAGCGGCCUUGGACAAGUCAGCUCCGUGCAGACGCUCUGUUGAUCACAGGAAAUAUCUGCAGAAACAGCUCAAACGUUUCUCUCAGAAGUACUCCAGAGUGCCGAGAUGUCACACACACAGAUCUGCUGAGUACGGGUGCACCAAACCCAUGGGGACUAUUCACCAGAGUGUAAAGGUCGCAGAGAAAUCCAGUCCUGAUGCUCAAAGUGUGGAGAAUGUGGGCUGCGCUGUGGAGCAGGUGCCUAUGAGGAAACGCCAACUACCAGCCUCAUUUUGGGAGGAACCUAAGUUGACCCAAACUAAGAGGGAGCACACACAUUUAGGGGUCAAAAGGAACCACGCAGGCACAUCUGAGGGCAGCGAAAACGAAAAGAGGAAAAAGAGUUAUGAUGAUGACGCAAAGGCCAAUCUGUCUGCAUCCAGUCGACGCAACACUGCCGACAAAGACUCGCUGAAACUGGACCUGACCUCUCACCACUGUGUGAGUGUGUGCGCCUGCUGCCCCUUCCAAUAUCACGGACACCAGGUCCUCCACAGUCAUAUUGUUGUCCCCCAUCCGCCCCUGGGACUGUGGAGCAAAGCAGCAGGGAGUGAAAUAGAGAGACCCGAGCAUCCUUAUGGACAGAAAAUUCACACGCACGUUGUGGUCAAACCCAUACCAACCAAACCCACCGUGCAGUCACCGAUCUUCAGUGUGUUUGGAUUCAUUUAAUUACUCCUCUAAUGGACCCGUCACACGAUGUGUAAAUAGGACUAAUUAUUUCCUCCUGUGCUCUACACAGACAACUCUUCCUCUUUCAACAUUUGUACAUGAGACACUUCCUCAAGCACUUACCGGAAAGCUUCAUCUAUUUUUAUCGUAUAACUCAAGUUGCACUUGCAAAAUAGCGUCAUCAUGUUCACUUUCAUGUCAUUCUGACGCCUCUGAGUGUCUGAAAACUGACAGUAAGUUAAAAGGUUUCUACUUUUAGGUUUCUACAGUGAAUGACUGUUGCUUUUUUUAAGUAUACAUGCAAAUCAAUGAAAGCAUCCUGUUUUAGUUUUCUCUUUCAACUAUGGAAAUAGAAUGUGGGACAUAGUUUGCUUUUCUUUGU